CGCACCUUAAAAUACAAGUGAUAUAAAUAUGUCUGUGAGGCUUUAGAAGUGUGUUUGCUAACAAGAAGGAGUUUAAACAUCUGAGAGCGAGAGGGCAAUUACUUUAAUAUUUCCCUGCAUACAUUGAAAUCCCCUUUUGUUGGUAAUUUGACUUGAUUCUUAUCUCCUAGAGAUCCGUAGUUGCAAUAUCAUUUGUCACGUACUGUAUAUCACAGUCUGAGUCACAAUUCUACACUGACAUCACUGUUUUAUUCACUGCGGGUGUUUUACAACCGAUACGAUUUUUUAAGAGAACCGAAGCGUCCGCGAAGGCACUACACUUACGAUGCUGCACAGUUUGUAGAUUACAGCAUACAGUAUAUAGUGCUGGUAGGUUUAUUUCUUACGUUUUCACCACAGAACUAUUCAUAAAGGACGCCUACUUAUUCACGUCUUAUUUUUGUCGGGGACUGAUAAAAUAAAAAAUUAAAAGACAACUGUCAUGGAUUUCCAAACAACCUUUUUUUUUCCAACGUAUAUCACACAUAAUGGUACAACUGAAAGGAACAAGGAGUUGAUUGACAAAGGUUUCCCAGUCUUCACAAACAGAAUUGGAGAUGGCAACACCAGUAUGUCGACAUCAAAAGAAGCCACGCAAUACCUCACUGGACCUCUGACGACCAUUCUUAUCCCUACUGUUUAUACCCUGGUGUUCAUCAUCAGCUGUCCCCUGAAUGCCAUUGCAGUCAUCAUGUUCAUCUUGAAAAUUCGUCCGAAGAAGCCAGCAGCGAUAUACAUGCUGAAUCUGGCAGUUGCCGACUUGCUGUUUGUCCUUCUCCUUCCGUUUAAGAUUUCUUACCAUUUCAAUGGCAAUAACUGGGGAUAUGGACCUGCAAUGUGCCGCAUAGUAACUUCUGCCUUCUACUGCAACAUGUACUGCUCUGUUCUGCUUGUGAUGUGUAUGAGUGUGGACCGCUUACUGGCUGUGGUUUAUCCCAUGAAGUCUCUCACCUGGCGCAGACAGAAGAAUGCCAUGAUUGUGUGUUGCACCAUGUGGCUCCUUGCCAUUGGCGGGGUCAUGCCCAUUCUCCUAUCCGAGCAGACUGCCUAUUUACCACGGCUGAGCAUUACUACCUGCCACGAUGCACUGAGAAUUGAAGAGUUUAAAGGCUUCUACCUUUACUUCUUUCCAAUUUUCAGCUCCAUUUUUUUCUUCAUACCGUUGGUUUCUAUCACUUUUUGUUAUGUCCGUAUCAUUCGGUGCCUCAAGGCUUCCAAUGCAGACAACAGGACCAAGAAGUCCAGAGCAAUUUUCAUGGCCAUUACUGUUUUCAUUGUUUUUGUAGUUUGUUUCCUGCCAACUAACAUUGUCUUGCUCAUUCACUAUGCUCAGUUUGCCACUGGAUACAGUGAUAAGUCCUACAUGGUCUAUCUUCUAUCCAUGUGUAUUGGCAGUGUGAGCUGCUGUCUGGACCCUGUAAUUUACUACUUUGGGUCUUCACAAUAUCAGAAGAAGGUCUAUAGUCUCCUGCAGUGUAAGAGCAACCGAGGGAUGGCCAGCAGUUCACAUUCAAGAAGCAACCAAAACAGUAAAAAGGAAACCUUGCAGUCCAACCUUGAGCAGUUGAUAUACAGUAAGGUUGUGGAUUAAUAUUUUAUGCCUUUAUGUGUUUUAGAAAUAUAUUUUUCUUGA